AUGGUAGAAGUUUUCAAUCAGCCUGGUACUGGAAAAGUCUUCCAGGGAACAUUAAAGUACGAAGAGAUUGAUUGUCAUAUAGAGGCUUCACUAAAAUUUAAACUAAGGAAAAGUUMAUUGCCAGUUAUUCCCCUUCUACGGGAAAAACUCAAUCAAGAAAAAGCUACUAAUAGGGAAAUCGUAAGAUGUUUAAUCGAUAUAGCACUUUUUUUGUCAGAAAAUAACCUCGCAUUUCGURGUCAUCGAGAAAGUUUUAAAAAGAUAACAAUUAACCAAGGAAAUUUUAUAAAUUUAGCUCGAGUAAUGUCAAAAUAUUCACCAUGUUUAUCUACUUAUAUUGAAAAAUUACAGACUUCUACCAAAAAACCGGAAAUUAAUUAUUUAUCAAAAUUGAGACAAAAUCAAUUAAUCUCUUCAAUUGCACUAAACAUAAAAUUUGUUAUUCAAAAAGACUUGAGUAUAUCAAAAUUUUUUAGUAUUUCUGUGGAUUCAACCUUUGACCUUUCUCGAAGAGAACAAAUUUCUUUCAUCAUUAGGUACAUUGACAACAAUGGUGAUAUUUUUGAACGACUUUUAGCUUUAAAAUAUUCAGCUAUCACUACAGGAGCUCAAUUAUUUAAAAUAUUUGAAGAAGUAUGUUCUAAAUUAAGUGUUGAUUGGACUAAAUUUUUGGUAGGGCAAUYAUAUGAUGGAGCUCAGAAUAUGAGAGGGGAAACAAAUGGCUWACAAAAUUUAGUUAGAAAUAAAUGUCCAACAGCUACAUUUAUUUGGUGUUCUGCACAUCGCCUUAACUUGGUCGUGGGUAAAGCAGUGAGUUGUAAUAAUGAUGCCAUUGAUUUAUUUGGAAAUCUUGAACUUGUUUACAAUUUUAUUACUGGUAGCAAAAAAAGAGUUGCAGUUUACGAAGAUUUUCAAAGUAAAUAUUCAAAUACUGGACAAAAACGAAGACUUAARCGUGUAUCAACCACAAGAUGGAUGUCACAAGAUUAUGCUUUGCAAGCUGWUUUGGAUACUUUUGAUUCUGUAAUUUAUACACUUGAACAAACUAGAGACACUGAAGGUAGAAAUGAUCAUAGUGUUGGUCAUUUGGCUGGUUGUCUAUUAAAUUAUCUGCUCUCCAAAAGAUUUAUUAUGACAGCAAUAAAUUUAGAUCUUUUUGCAGCCAUCCAUAGUAUUUCUAAUGCACAGUUAAAAAUUAAUAAUCUUCGACAAAAGGAUGGAGUAUUUGAAAGUUUAAUGACCAAGGUUAAUGACUUCAUUUCUGACAAAGAAGAAUUCAUUUUUUCAGAUCUACAAGAUAAAC